AAUAUUUUGACUUUUCUUUUGACUGCUGUCAUGUCGUCGUAAAUCGCUCGAAUUUGUUCAAAUUUAGUUUCGAAUUAUGCAACGAUGUUCCUUUAUUUCUUCUAAUAGUUCUAAUGAUUGUUAUUUGUUUUAGUUUAACGCUGUUAACAGAUUAUAAAUAAGACUGCUAAAGAGUGAAAAUAUUUUAACCGCCGGAUUCAUUUAGUUUUUUCACGAUUCAAAGAAAGUAUCCAAAAUGAGCAUGUGCAUGAAUCUAAUUGGUGGUAUUAUAAAAUACAAUCGAAAAUUUCCCUUAAAAAUUGAAUCAUGCAACUUUAUUUUCAAGAAAACAUAUUCUAGUCAGGAACUAUUAAAGGAAGCUUACUGCCGCACCAAACUGAAGUGCAGAUCUAAAAAAUUACCUCAAGAUGUUAAUCCUAAAGGGGUAUUUGCUUGCAAUGAGCUAGACCUAACAGAAGUGAAAGUUUAUGGGUUUGAUUAUGAUUACACUUUGGCCCAUUAUAAACCUACAUUGGAGCAUUUAUUGUAUAACCUUGGAAGAGAGGUCCUCUUGGAAAAAUAUAAUUACCCUGCAGAAAUUUUAAAUUUGGAGUAUAAGCCCAAUUUUGCAGUGCGAGGUCUCCAUUAUGACAUUGAAAAGGGUUUGCUUUUAAAACUGGAUUCUUUUUUGCAAAUACAAUUUGGAGCUGUCUAUCGAGGUCUUACUCCUGUUUCUACUGAUGAAGUGCUGAAACUAUACAAGAAUAGAAUAAUCCCUAUUGCAUAUGUUGAAGGCGACAUGAGAGCCCAUAAAGCAAAUCGCGCAAAAAUGGUGCACUUGGCAGAUUUAUUCUCUGUUCCUGAAAUGGGGCUAUUAUGCAAUGUCGCUGAGUAUUUCAUUAAGAAUCAUAUUGAUUAUCAUCCAGAAAUUUUGUUUUUGGAUGUGAAGAACUCUGUACAGAGCUGUCAUCCAGUAAUGCAUAAAAUUGUAGCGCAGAAUGUUGAUGAGUACAUAAGGCCCAACCCAAACCUCAGGAAAUACUUUGAGAUGUUGCAUGGCUGCGAUAAAAAGUUAUUCCUUGUUACCAACAGCCCUUUCCAUUUUGUUAAUGCGGGUAUGGAGAUGCUUGUAGGCCAUGAUUGGCGAGAUCACUUCGAUGUGGUGAUAGUGAAUGCGAACAAGCCCAAGUUUUUCACGGAGGUGUCGCGCCCCAUCAGGGUGUUUGAUAAAAAUGCUAACACACACAUCUGGGAGAAAGUAACAGCACUUGAGAAGGGUAUCAUUUACUAUGAGGGCACAGUAAAGCAGCUGCAGGACUUGACCGGGUGGAGCGGGCACCAGGUGUUGUACUUCGGAGAUCACCCGUACAGCGACCUCGCUGACGUCACGCUCGAGCACGGCUGGAGGACUGGCGCCAUCAUCAACGAGUUAACGCACGAGAUCAACACUUUGAACACGAGGUCGUUCAAAGAGAACGCCAACUGGCUGCAGAUGUUGACUCAGCUCAUAGAAGACCACCAGGACUAUACGGAGCCCGAAGCUGUCGCGGUCAUCGCCCAGUGGAUGGCAGAGAGGGAUUUUCUGAGGAACGAAAUCAAGGCGGUGUUUAAUCCACAAUUUGGUAGUGUGUUCCGGACUUAUCACAAUCCCACGUAUUUCUCCAGGAGGCUGUUCCGAUUCGCCGACAUUUACACGUCUAACAUAACGAAUUUGCUCGAUUACUCGCUCACACACACGUUUUAUCCGAGACGUGGUGUCAUGCCACACGAAUACGGCUCUUACUUCGUUUGAUUAGAGUCCUCUUUACUAUAAUUUUAAAAGUUGUCAUUUAUAAAUAUUGUUUUGUACAGUAUGUUGAUGUGUAAUAUUUUUAUUAUAACUGUAAGUAGUCAGUGUUUUAAGAAAAAAAAUAUUUAUGAAUUCGUGUUGAAAAUAUUUUAUCACUACAAUUUUCGAGAAUAAAGAUUUAUAAAAAGUUAACUUUAAGUUAUAAUAAUAACCUAAGAUCGUCUUGUCAUAAAUAUUCUGUAAGGCUUUCUCUUUUAUUUGUACAUAUCAUUUAAUAUUGUUAUCAAAUAGAUGGUACAAAAGUAAAAAUUUUUUAUAAAAUAUUCUACUAAAAGUAAGUAUUCAGCCAACUGUAUUCUAGUCAAAAGUAUUGGAUACUGUUUCAUAAAAUGCCAUUUAUGUUUAAGUAUAAAAGACUUGUUAUUAUAGGCCAUCAAGUUUUUUUAAAUCGUAUUUUGUUAAAUAUAAAUAUCUAGUUGCUAUAAUUUUUAUUAUAUUAUAUAUAAUUAUCAUCAGCCACAGUUUUUACAAAAUACUAUUUUGGAUCUUAUGUACUCAUAUCAUUUAUUUUUAGCCGUAAAACAUUUUUUUAUUGUCACAGACUUUUAUGUUUUUAAAACUGAUAUUUUAGAAAAUCGUGACAUUAUUAAACAAAGGCAAAUUAAUCUAAAGGUUUAAUUCUCAGAUAAGUCUUAAUUAGAAACACACUGACUAGUUAGUUAAUGUAUUUUUUACUGGAUUUGGAGUUGACACUUUAAUAUUAUCCUUGUUGAAACUGUAUAUUAUAUAAAUCACAUUUUUUUUAUCAAUUGAAUAAUUAUGACAACCUGGUCCAACUUGAUUAGCUAUUGGUUGUAAAUAGAAAUAUAUCAACUAUUAAAAAAGUAAUAGGGAAUAUGCAGUUCCCGUUGCAUGAGCACCAAUAUUUACAUUAUAUCACUUUUACGCUAUAAGCGUCUAUCUGUCAAACUCCAAAGUAAUCAGACAAUUGAGCGUGAUAAAAACGCUAUAUACAUUUAUCAUAUUGUGGUGCUCAUACUAGGGGGCAUGAUUAUUUUUUUUAUAACUUUGUUACAUAGGUUGCAUUAUACUUAGUAUACAAAUUUUCAAUGGCCAAAAAAAAAUUGUAAUGUAUCUGAAAAAAAUAGCCUUCUAAAGGCAUUUUAAACGCCCACACCAAAAGUCCAAUUUUUUAGAACAGUUAUAGUAACCUAUAAACAAACAAGGCCACAGUUACAUUAUGAGGUUAUUGAGUGUGCGCAAUACGCACUCGCACUAGGUCUCGUUGACUUUGACAUAUCCUUUGAAAAGUGGCUCUUCUUUGUUGAUUUGAUAUUAUGCAUUUCUACGUGACAACCGCUA